AUGGCCGAUUUACUUGGGGUUCCUUCGCAGCAGAUUCAACGAAUGGGUGGUUGGAACACUGAUACUAUGUCGAACUCCUACCUUAAUUCUCUUCCUCGCCAAUUCAUGCGCGUUAUGGCUGGCUCUGAAAGCGAUGCUAGCUAUUACUUGCCUAGGGCUAUAGAGGAGCCAUGUGACAGAUUGAAGCAGUUGGUGUUUCCCUGGGUUGACUAUUGGUAUGAUCGACAUUCAAGCGGGACAGUUCAUGAAACUUCUGGUUCAGCCGACAAGUUUCUGCUUUUGAUUAAAUGCUUCAAGACGACUUUCUUACAAGACGCAGCUGUGAUGAUGGACGUAAUACCUGAACACCCUAUUUGGAGGCACGAAAUUUUCAGAAACCCACUCUUUCUAGAAUUUCAGAGAAAAGUAAAAGCUCACGUUGAGGAAAAUAUCACUACGGCCCAACUGAUGUUCUCAUGA